AUGGCGCCUCAACUGACCCUUUCUGCUCUAUCUGAUAGAUACCAGCCGCGCGCAUCAACACCUGCAAACCGUCGCCGCCAGCGCCUAUUAACCCGCCUCAUCAUCGUUGCCGCUGUCGCCAUCCUCUUUCUCGUCUUCGUUUGGCCUGGGGCUUCCUUGACGUCCAUCUUUUCCCUCGGCCUGUUAUCCGCCGGCAACGAGCUACAACUGGAGACAGUGCGAUACUAUGACCUUAGCAAUGUGCAAGGGACCGCCCGUGGCUGGGAACGCGAGGAGCGCAUUCUCCUCUGCGUGCCUUUGAGAGACGCCGAGCCGCAUUUACCAAUGUUCUUUUCCCACCUGCGAAACUUUACCUAUCCUCACCACCUCAUCGACCUUGCCUUCCUCGUUUCCGACUCCAAAGAUCGCACCCUUCAGGUCCUCUCCGACAUGCUUGAAGAGAUCCAGGCCGACGAGGAUACGAAGCAGCCCUAUGGAGAAAUCUCCAUCAUUGAAAAGGACUUCGGACAAAAGGUGAACCAGGAUGUCGAGAGUCGCCACGGUUUUGCUGCUCAGGCAAGCAGGCGAAAGUUGAUGGCCCAAGCCCGGAACUGGCUUCUGAGUGCUGCAUUACGUCCUUACCACUCUUGGGUAUACUGGCGUGAUGUCGACGUUGAGACGGCCCCUUUCACCAUUCUGGAGGACCUCAUGCGGCACAACAAGGACGUCAUCGUGCCAAAUGUAUGGCGUCCUCUGCCUGAUUGGCUCGGUGGCGAGCAACCAUACGACCUCAACUCGUGGCAAGAGUCAGAGACAGCACUGGCUCUUGCGGACACCCUUGACGAGGACGCCGUGAUUGUUGAAGGUUACGCUGAAUACGCAACAUGGAGACCUCAUUUGGCAUACCUGCGAGACCCAUACGGAGACCCAGACAUGGAGAUGGAGAUUGACGGAGUGGGUGGUGUCAGUAUCUUGGCCAAGGCAAAGGUUUUCCGCUCGGGGGUUCAUUUCCCAGCUUUCAGUUUUGAGAAGCACGCCGAGACAGAAGGAUUUGGGAAGAUGGCAAAACGGAUGGAAUACUCUGUGGUCGGUCUACCGCACUACACAAUUUGGCAUCUUUACGAGCCCAGUGUGGACGACAUCAAGCACAUGGAGGAGAUGGAGCAAGAGAGGCUCGCGAGAGAAAAGGAAGAAGAAGAGAAGGCCGAGAAGGCCAAGAAGGUUAAGGAGCAGUUCGGAGAUGCAAGCAGUCAGUGGGAGAAAGACAAGUCGGAUAUGCAACAUCUAGUGACGGAAGAAAAGAAGACGAAAGACGGCAAGGAGACGAAGGAGGCCAAGGAGGUGAAGAUCGUUGGAGACAAGCAGCCGGCGGCAGACAAGGACGAAAAGCCGGCAAAGGAAAAAAAAGAGAAGAAUGAGGCUGCUUUCGUUAAGAAGGCGGAGAGUUGA